AUGGAAGCCUCGCCGGCCGCGCGUCCAGAGGCGAGUGGGUAUGUGUCCGAGAGUGAGGACGAGCACGAGGAGGUUGCGCCGCUCGAAGGCAUUGAGCUUGAUUAUACCCCCACGCACCCUCCCCCACGCUCGCUUCUGAGCCCGAAAGAGAUUCUAUGGGUGACGGGUGUCGUGUUGGUCAUGGUCUUUUUGCAUCUCUCGCCGCAGUUCUUUAUAAUGCUGCCCUACUACCGCACGACGCGCUCGUUUUCGUUUGAGCAGCUGGUGCGCGUGCUUGGGAUAUUCAACGUGCUUGUGGCCUACAUGUACAUCACCUACUACCAGGCGGUGACGAGCGACGCGGGCGGCGUGCCGCCCCGCUGGACGCCCGACGAGGCAAUGGCAGAGUACGGCGUCGAGCUCUCGUCCGAGCACCGCCGAUUCUGCUACAAGUGCAACGCGUUCAAACCGCCUCGAGCGCACCACUGCAAGCAGUGCAAGCGGUGCGUGCUGCGGAUGGACCAUCACUGCCCGUGGAUCGGAAACUGCGUCGGAAACGGAAACCACGCGCACUUUAUGCGCUUUAUUACGGCGCUGACCAUUGCAGGGACGUACCUGCUCGCGAUGCUGUGCCUGCGCGUCGUCGACUGGUGGAAUACCGACUGGUACUUUGCGCGCCCGUCGACGUCCGAGGUCGUGAUGCUCGUGCUGAACUACCUCGUGGGCAUUCCGCCGAUCCUGCUCACGAGCAUCAUGAUGUGGUACCAGAUCUACCUGCUUGCGAUCAACAACACUACCAUCGAGACGCACGAGCUGGAUCGUGUCAUGCGGCAGAUCCGCCGGGGACAGAUCCCGUUUACCGAGUUCCCUUUCGACGUGGGCGUCUGGCGCAAUUAUACCGAGAUCUUUGGCUCGAAUAUCCUCCUGUGGCCCUGGCCGUUUUCCAAGCCGGUGCACGACGGGCUCCUGUACCCUGUCUCGGCAGACGAACCCGAAGUGCAGUUCCUGUGGCCGCCGCCGGAUCCCCGCGCGCGCCAGCGCCGCCGGCACGACCUGCCCGACUCGGCGUUUACCUAUGGCGAUGAACAGCUGAACCCCGCGUUGCAGCCGUCCAACGCCGCGGAGCUCGCGCGGCACGCACAGCAUUCGCUCAACGGCUCGCCCGGUGCCGAGGACGAGGACGAGGAGUUUGACUUUUCGCCACGCGUGCGCGUGCGCCGCGGCAGCGAGGGCCUCGAGGUGCGCCCACCGCAGUACAGCCGCAUGUUUCUCGCAGAUCCCGCGCAGGAAUCGUCGAGUGGCGAUGCGCCGUACGGCAGCUAUCUCGAGUACGGCGCCGAGGCGCCCACGGCCCCGGAAAAGUCCUCGCCCAAGAUCGUCGACGUGAGCUUUGACGAAGACGAAAUUCCUCUCGGCCACCUCGUCCGGCGGCACACGCACGAUACCGGCGAUCCUAUCUCGUAG